GAUAUAGAAGCUGUUGUUUGCACACGAAUGCGAUGAGUUACCAACUUUAUAGAAACACAACUUUAGGCAACUGCUUGCAGGAGAGCCUUGAUGAACUCGUUCAAUCUGAACAAAUAUCGGCUCCUCUCGCUCUUCAAGUUCUUCUUCAAUUUGACAAGAGUAUGAACAGUGCAUUGGCAUCAAAAGUCAAGUCCAAAUUGACCUUCAAGGGAAAUUUGAAGACGUAUCGCUUUUGUGACAAUGUGUGGACGUUUGUUAUGAACACUGUAGAGUUUCGAGAGGGAUGCACAGAUGUUUGUGGUGUUGAUAAACUUAGAAUUGUGGCAUGUGAUGGAAAAGCUACUGGUGAAAGCUGAAUGGUCUAAGGAUGAUUUUAGCAUCAUUGAUAUAGAGAAAGAGAAAGAUGCAUAGUUGCCAGGUAUAUGUGGUUUGUAGCACAGUUAACCAACAAGACAAUAGCAGAAACUUUGGUGUCUUGAGUAAAUGGUGUAACAUACACGUUAUUCAGUUAAUGAUAGGAUAGUUUGUGUGUGGCUACUGAAAGUAAAUGGCUUGCUGCAGAG